AGCAGUACAACUCAUUUUCGAUAUCUAAAUGUAGACCUAUUGUAUAGAAAACUGUCAACAAGUAUGAUAUAUGACAUAAAUGGUAUCUAUAUAGCUUGUUUUUUGUAUUGCAUCAGUUCGACAUCGGGUUGCAUCAUCACUGGGGCUUAGUAUAAAACAUCUGUAGAGAAGUUUCAUCAUCAGUUAGACGGUAAACAGCUGAUCGAGGAGACCCGCGAAAAUCAGUGUACAGUGUUCACGUUUUCUGUGGAGUUCGAGUUACAGAAAUCCAGUUUUCAGGAUGUGUGGUAUAUGGGCAGUAUUCGGUAGUGAUGACGACAUAGCAGAUCAAUGCAAUGCCGCACACAAAAUUGGUCACAGAGGUCCAGAUGCAUUCCGGAUAGAAAGUAUCAACCAUUUCCCUUCGUGUUGUCUCGGAUUUCACAGACUCGCAAUUGUAGAUGAUUUACAAGGAAUGCAACCUAUGCGAGUGUUCAAGUAUCCGCAUAUAUGGCUGAUAUACAACGGAGAAAUCUACAACCAUAAACUGAUACAAGAGCAGUUUGACUUCCAUUACGCCACUCAAUGUGACGGAGAGUCCAUUAUCCACCUAUACGCCCAGGGCGGGAUAGAGUUCGCGGCCAGUCAUUUGGACGGAGUGUUUGCCUUCUGUCUCCUAGAUGCAGCCAACAGGAAGGUCUAUCUGGGUAGAGACACAUUCGGGGUCAGGCCAUCUUUCCGACUAACUACCGAGAGUGGUUUUCUCGCCGUAUGCUCGGAGGUGAAAGGUUUGAUGUCAAUGAAAGGUGAUAAGUCAAAAGCUACUCUCGAACCAUUCCCACCGGGACACGUGGAGACAUACGGUCUGGACUCAACAGGGCGAGCAACGUUUAUAGAGCGGACGAGGUUUCAUAAGAUUGGAGAUGCCCCAGAAUAUAAAACGUUGGCUAACCCUAUAGAUAACGAUAUCAAGGCCAGUAUAAGAAGCCUGUUUGAGGGAGCAGUAAGUAAGAGGAUGAUGGCUGACCGUCGUAUAGGAUGUCUUCUCUCAGGAGGCCUAGAUUCUAGUUUGGUGGCAGCAACUUUAGUAAAAUUAGCGAAAGAGCGAGAUAUACCAUAUCCUGUCCAAACAUUCUCUAUCGGCAUGGAGGGGAGUCCCGAUCUACGAGCUGCUAGAAAGGUUGCUAAGCAUCUUGAUACAGAACACCAUGAGAUAGUAUUUACGCCAGAGGAAGGAAUCGCCGCCAUUGAAGACGUCAUUUACCACCUAGAGAGCUAUGACAUCACUUCCGUUAGGGCGUCUGUCGGGAUGUACCUUGUUAGUAAGUACGUCAAACAAAAGACCGAUACGACAGUGAUUCUGUCUGGAGAGGGAGCAGAUGAGAUUGCCCAGGGGUACAUAUACUUUCACAAAGCGCCCUCUUCUCAGGACGGGGAUGAGGAAAGCAAACGUCUAUGUAAAGACUUGUAUAUGUAUGACGUUCUCAGGGGCGACAGGACAACGUCGGCAUGGGGACUGGAGAUACGUGUGCCUUUCUUAGACCACCGGUUCAGCAGUUUUUAUCUCUCACUAGACCCUAAAUUGAAGUCGCCCAAAAAUGGCAGAGAGAAACAUUUGUUGCGAUCUGCCUUCGAUAGCACUGGUUUGCUCCCAGCAGAAAUCUUGUGGCGACCGAAAGAGGCCUUCAGUGAUGGCGUGUCCAGUCAGACCAGGUCUUGGUACGAAGUCCUGCAAGAUUUUGUUGACGAACAGAUCAACGACACAGAAUUAGAAGAGUGUAGUCAAUGUUACCCCCACAACCCUCCCAGCAGUAAAGAAGCCUUAUACUACCGACAGAUAUUUGAGAAGUUUUAUUCGGGUCAGGGUCAUUUGAUCCCCUAUUACUGGAUGCCAAAGUGGUCAACGUCUUCGGAUCCUUCUGCCAGGACACUCAAACACUACAAACAAUAAAAUGUCUAGUUAGUUAUCGAGAUAACUGUUCUGUACAGAAUAUAGAAUAAAGAAUAUACGCGGUCAAUAUGUAAAUUAUGUCAAUUUUAUGUGCACAUUUUUUUGAAAUAUUUGUUACAAUAUUUAACCGGAUUCUAUUAAAUGGAAAAGAAGGGAGGUGAUAUUUUGAAUAUGAAUCUCAGACUGGACGCUUUUCCUCAGCAGUAUUAUACUUAUUUUGCGUUAUUAUUUAAUGUGUAUCUAUACAUCUGUAUUUUAUGGAAUAUAUGAUUAAAUAUUGUGUUAUACUAAAUUGUUUUUGACCAAAAUAUUUUCAUUGUUAUACCACUCACCGAUUUUUAAUUGUAUUCCCAUCCGAUCGUACCUCAUCAGGACAAUAAAAUAUGAAAUAAGUGAAA